UUUGCCCGCCAGUCAUUCCUUUGUCUUUCUACGACAACCCACACUCUUUUUUAUUUUUAACCUUCUUCAGUCCUUCCUUCUCCUUUCGAAAAUCCAAGUAUCUAAAAAAACCAAACCAAACAAACCAACCGCCAAGAUGAAGUUCACUCUGUCUGCCUCUGCCUUCCUGGCCAUGGUCGCCUCGGCCCUCGCCCAGACCGCCGACUUCGACGCCAUCACCAACCCUAGCCCCAACGAGGUCAUCGCUGCCGGCCAGGCCCUCACCAUCGAGUGGUCUGCUCCCGCCAAGUACGCCGCUGGCACCGUCUCCAUCGAGCUGAUCGGUGGCCCUACCCAGGCCACCCAGCAGAUCCUGGCCACCAUUGCCACCGGUGUCAAGAACAGCGCCAAGAGCUUCACCUGGAACGUUGACUCUGCCGUUGCCGGCCAGAACUUCUACGGCUUCAUCUUCCGCCUCGAGAGCGACCCCAACGUCUUCCAGUACUCCAACCCCUUCCACAUCAAGGCGGCUGAGGUCCAGUCCAGCUCUUCUACUCCCGCUGCUCCUGCCAAGACCUCCACCUCUGGCAGCUACGGCAACCUCCCUCCCGCGGACACUACCACCGUCACCACCUCCACCGGUGUCAAGACGGUCACUCUGGCCAGCCAGUCCAGCAGCGAGGCUCCCGUUGUCACCACGCCCGUCUACUCUCCUCCCCCGGCCGUCACUGAUGUCACCGUCGUCCUGAACGCCACCACCACCGUGCCCUGCCGCAACUCCACCAUUGCUCCUCCCACUCUCAGCGCGCCCAGCACUCUCCAGAGUGCCACCCGCCUGCCUAUUCCUCCUGUCAGCUCUCCCGUCUACGUUCCUCCCGGCCAGACCGUGCCCAGCACUGUUGCGGCCGCUCCCUCUGCUCCCUCCAGCCCUGCCGUCUCUGCUCUGCCCCCUCUGCCCACCAGCGCCGGUGCUCGCGUCGGCGGCAGCUCCCUGGCCCUGGUUGCCUCUCUGGUCGUUGCUUACUUUGCUCUGUAAGCGGGAGAUGAUGAGAUGCUGAAGAUGUAAUUUUGGGCUUGGGGAUCUUUCUUAACCGGCUUGUGGUUUGACGCCAGACUUGGUUUACUUUACAGUUUGCACAUAUUUUCUAUUUGCUUGGAAAAGGAGAAGAAGAUUGGUUCCGGAAUGAAUCUAUCUAGAUUAUAAAGCGCGGGGCACGA